UGCACAUCAAGUGAGUAGCACAUAGAAUAUUAAAUGCGGUAGGCUCCCAGAAGAUUCCAACAUUUUUAGAAAUUAAAGUGAAAACCAAUCAAAAACUAAUAAGUUCAAAUUUUUGGGCUUGACUGAAUUUCUUAAUUUGUGAUGGAGCUUUCCACUUGGAAGCAAGUUCUCUUGAAAUGGGUUAGGGACUGUGAGCUCAUCGAACCAACUCCAGUGUGCUUGGAUGAUCUAGAGCCCGAAAUUUUCUUUCCGGCAUACGCAGAGCGCGUUAAAUAUUUGCGGUCCAAUCCAGAGUCAGCAAAUAGCCCACUGCUUUAUUUUUUGGAAGAGAAAUUUCCCAAUUUCGAGCCCCAACUAAAACAAAAUGGCGGCAUCGCUGUCAGCGAUUACGCCUAUGUAUAUUCUCUUCUAUGGCGAUACGCCAGCGAUAACGGCGGUAUCGACUAUAUUCCGGACGGUGUCUUCCAAGAUAAUUAUAUUGAAAAUUGCAUUGACCUCUUCAUUCGAUAUAUCCCAGAUAUGUCCAAUCUAUCGAGGGUUAUAUUGCACGAAUGCAUCACCCGGAUGCCUUUGGGUGUUCAAGAAGAUUCUCCUGAGCAUAAUGGCAAUAGCGAUUCGUCGGGUUGCGGCUGCGGCGAAUAUGUGAUGGGUGAAGAAUGUGUAAGCGAGGCCGCUGAUGAAAACGAACUCGAUUAUAUAGAGGACGAAGCCAUCGAAGAAGGCAACUCUGAUGGGGCCGGCGAAGAAUCCGAAUACAUUGGGGGAGAGGCCGUCGAAGAAAAUGAGCCCGAUUAUAUUGGGGAAGAUCUCAUCGAAGAACGCAAAUCUGAUGAGCCCCGCGCAGUGUUUGAAUACAUUGUGAAAGAAGCUGUCGCGGAAAAUGAAAAUCAACCCGAUUAUACAGAGAACGAAUCUUGCAAAGAACUCGAUUCUGAUGAGGUCGACGAAGAAUCCGAAUACUUUGAAGAAGCCGUCGAAGAAAAUGAAAAUGGACAAGAUUAUGUACAGGAAUACAACUCCGAUAGUGGGGCCAGCGAGGAAGCCGAAUACUUGAAUAGUCCCCAUUAUAAAUUGAACGAAACCGUUGAGGAAUACUACUCGGAGGGCGCCGAAGAGGAUUCGGACUAUAUCGAAGAGGACGCCGAAGAAAAUGGAAAUGAACCCAAUAUUCUGGACGAGGCGCCUGAACCAAAGAAAUCUAGAACUGUAGAAGAGAUUUUUAAAAAUGAGCCCGAUCAUAUCGAGCACGAAGCCACAGAAGAGCAUAACCCUGAUAAUGAAACGAAUGGAGAAGCCGAAGCCGCCGGAGGACGAGAACCCGAUUACAUGGAUAACAAAGCUGUCGAAGAGCCUGCUUACAGGGAGAGCAUCUAUGAAUGCAAUUUACCAGCAAACAAUUCGUUGACCCCGACCAGGCUUCUGCGUAAACGCAGCCGUUCCUGGCGCACCUUCGCCAACAAUGCCGACGUCCCUCCUCUGCCCGCCAGCAGCAGUUCAGGUGUCGACACCGAAGAGAAGUACUGUUGGAUGAAAAGCGACCCAUAUGAAAACGCGCCUCCAGACAAGGAUCUACUCGGCAGCAACAAUAGCAUUAGCAAUUCAUCGCCUUUCAGCAACGGAACGGAGAGACAACUUCGGAUUGAUAACCAGCCAAAUGAAAAGGUGCCGACUAAAACGUAUUCCAAGUCUAGGGUAGCUCUGAUCCGCGAAAAAGCUUCCUCUCAAUCGGAGCCCAGCAUUCUUUAUAAUAUAUACACGUUGACCACCAUCGAUACAGAUUUCUUGCGAUCUAGCGAGGACGAGGACGAGGACGAGGACGAGAAAGGCGAUGGCGAUAAUAACAACGACGAACAGCUUGGAGCCAAAGCAACCAAUGCCGUGGUGCAGUCGGAGAAAAAGGAACUGGGGAAUUCUUCCAGUUCAAAAUAUCGCAGCGUGGACGAGAAUGCAGAUGAGUUCAUCGAAAAUGAAAUACUACAAUUGGCCAUGGUCAAUGGAAACCUAGACAAGGACACGCUCAUUGAACUGCUCAAAGAUCAUAUAAGAGCCUUACAAAUAAGCAACGACGAGCUAAGCAAAAAGGUGCAAGUGUCCGAUUCGAACGCACAGUCGUACAUGAAGCGCAUACACGAACUGCAGGACCUCGUGGACAGUGCGGACGAGAUCGUGAUGGACAGGGAGCGUACGCUGGAAGGUCUACGCUCAGACUGCGAAGCGCUAAAGAUGCGCCUGCGCAGAGGCAGUUUUGAGCUGAAUGACACCACGGACGAUAUUGGUGUUAGCUCGGAAGAUAAGGCACAAUCGGCUAAGAACCAAUUGCGUGGACGCGCGGAGAAGCGAAAUGAUUCGUCGGCGGCAUUGGCUUCUGCGGAGAACGAACGCAUGAGAUUCAAGCAAAAAAUGUUGAGGCUUAUUCGCUCGCACAACGUGGAGUUGCCUGAACUGCCACUGAACGACAAUUCACUACCAACGCUCUUUGGCCUUAUUGAGUAUACAAUGGACCAGAUGGCCGCAAAGUAUGAAUCGCAUAACCAAACUUUGGCAGCCAAUAAAACGCAGAAGAACGUGGAGCAAGCCGCCUGCUUGGCGGAGUCGCAUAAUCAGCAGGAAGAUCAGCCGGCGCUCGAAGGGCGAUCGGUGCAUCUGGAUCAAGAUCCAAUGGUUCUCUACCGGCAACAGAUACAAGCCCAGGACGCGUUCGCCGCCGAAAUGCUCCAAAUAUUAGCCGAGUGCAACAACCUAGCCGUCGAGCCGGACGAUGAGCCUGGCGCCGUGUUCCAUCAGUUGCGCAAACAACUUGGCCAAUUUGUGGCCAACUACAGAUAUCUUAACACGCAAUUGCAAAGCACAGUGCCUGCGACCAUGGAUGCGUUGAGUGCCUACGAAGCGAACAUCCGGAAGAUGCUGCUGGAAGUGGAAAAUAUCUACAAUGUGUCGUCAAUGAGCCAAGAGACUGGCAUGAAUGCCUUGGAGCAGCUGCGCCUGCAGAUAGAACAAUUUAUGUCAGAUUUCAAGGGGCUGGAGGCGACCAGCGCGCGCUUGACCAGCGAAUACAGGAGCUGCCUGAAGCAGUACAGCGAUCAGCAGCAGAACAUGCAAAUGGAGCACGCGGAUCGCUUAAAAUUGGACGAUUAUAUAAAGUAUCUGGAGGAACAGUUGGAUUACAAAACUAGCGAAUGCAACUGGUUUGGGCAGGAGUUAACGCACCAGAUCGCAUAUAUCAAUAAACUGGAGUCGGAGCAGAAUAUGUCGGAGAUUUCAGACGAGCAGGAGCUCCACGAGUACCACCAGAAACUGGGUUCAGUGCUGGGCCGGCUCAAGGCGAAGAUGAUUAAUUACGUAUGCGGCAUCGUCCGCCUAAAUGUGAAUCUCAAUAAGCCGCUGGUCAUAGAUAAUCAACUGCUUGUCGUGCACCAGCGCCGGCUGACCUUAUUACUGGACGAAAUAAAAAACAACGUAAUGGAUCACAUUGCACAGAUUGCCCGAAUAGUCUCGGACUCUAAGCUGCCCAAGAAUGAGAUGCAGCAAACCGACGAGGUGAAUCAGGAUCAAAACACAUUGGUGGAUGAGCUGCAGCAACAACUUAGCGCUGCCAAGGAUCAAAAUAAACAGCUGGAGCAGGAGCUGCAGUCGGCCAUUCAGCAGGACAAUUAUUCGGUGCUUAAACAGGAGCUGAGGAUCACACGCCAUGAGCUGAACGAUAUGAAAAACGAAAAUCUGCAGCUGAGCCACAGACUCUUUGUCUCCAGGCGUGCUGGCGAAUCGAAGGGAUUGGAGAAGCAGCUGGAGACUUACAAACAAUAUUCAUCGGAGCUUGAGGCGAAACUCAAUGAUGCAUUCGAUUUGGUCAACGAUCGGAAUCGCGAACUAGAACGCUUGACCAAUAUGUUCAACGAGCUGAAAGUAUCGCUAACAAAUAUGGAUCAACGCGUUAGGCAGGCAUGUCCUGUGGAAGAUAAUUCAUCGGUGCUCGUGGGGCAGGGCCGGGAUUUCGUAGAGCUGCAGCAGCACGUGGAAUACUUAGAGCAGGAGCUGGUAAUAAGCCAAGAGCUAAGCACUAAUAAGCAAUCGGAGCUGCAAAUGCAGUUACUGGAACAACAGAAGGCCGCCGCAAUAGAGCUAGAUGCCCGAGAUUCUGCCAAUCAGCAGCUGUCCGAAAAGCUGGAAGUAUGCCGGGUACAGGUUGAAAGCUUAGAAUGCCAGCUGAAGCAAAGCCAAGCAUCAAGAGAGCACCAAUGGCAGUCGGCACUGUUGGUUGAUCAGCUUGGCGGCUCCAGAGGGAGGCUCCAACAGUCGUCAAGCAUCUGGAAGCAGCUGGAAGGCCUACAGCUCCAGCUAAAGAAGAGGGAAGAGCAGCUGCAGGCCGCACAAGUGGACCUGCAGAAGGAGCAGAGCGAACGCCAAAGGCUAGCUGAAAAUCUGACCGACUACCAACAGCUGGUGGAAGAAUUGCAGCAACCAUCCAAUCAGGAUUGGCAAAUGGAGUGCCAGCUGUUUGAGGCGCAUAAAGAGAUUGAGGUGCAAAAAAAGGAGCGCCUGAGACUGGCUAGAGCCGUCACCCAGUACCAACAGAAGGUGGAGCAGCUACAGCGUCAACUGGAACGUGCUAAGAACGGCAAAUUGGCUUCGGGCCUGGUAGAUCAGCUAGAGAUGGUGAUGCAGGAGCUGCAAGAUGCCAACUGCGCGAAUAUGCAGUUGGGCCGCGAGCUUCUUAGCUAUCAAGAGCAAAAGGCAAACUUACAGGAACAGCUGACUAUGUCCCAGAGCCACAACUGCCCAAGUCAGCACGAAAAGAAACUGGUCGAGAAGCUGACAAUCGCACGUGAGGAAGUGCAGAAACUGAAAGUCGUAAAUCACAAGUUGGUGAAGACGGCAAGGUAUUACCGAGAUCAUGCUGAACUCCUGCAGGAACAGAUGGGGGAGAUGCGAAGACGCGAAACGAAUGCAUUCCAAAAUGAAGCUCGUUUGAGCGCCGCACAUCAGGAUUGGCUUGAGAAAAAUCUGGCUAGCUACAAGAAGCGUGUUAAAAAUCUACAGCAGCAGAUAAAGGAGCGCGCGGCCCAGCUGAAGGAUGCCGAGCAGCAGGCAAGGAAAAUUGAGCAUUUGCAAAAACAAUUGACGAUGACGCAGCAGAGACUAAGGGAGCAGCCCAAAACUGUCACCAUGGAUCAAUCUGGACUAGAAGACGAACUGAAUACCGCCUACCACGAAAUAAUUGGGCACGCGUCCCACCAAAAGGAGCUCGCCCAGCAAAUUGCUAGUUACAAGGAAAGGAUUGAUCACUUGGAAAAUCAAUUAAAGGAUGCUAGGAGCAGCAGAGCUACUGCGUCGGAGGGAGAAGACAAGGGUGAACUUGUCAAGCAGCUGGAAAUUGCCCGCAGGCACAUGUACGACCAGGACUGCGCACAGCUAAAGCUGAGCGAGAAGCUCGGCAAUUACAAAAUGCGUCUGGAGAACAUGCAGGAACAGUUGCAAAGGGCUCAAGUGAUGAAGGCCAAAGUGCAAGAUGAGCUGAAUCACGCCCAGGAGCAUAUAAAAGCAAUGCAGUCGCAGCAGCUGGAUCUGCAAGAGAAAUUGGACAGUUCGAAGCAGGAGACGACUACCGCAUAUGGUCAGCUAAAUGAUUUGCAGCAGCUGCAACUGCUGACGUUGGAGCAGCUGGAAGACCUCAAAAAACAAUUCGACAAGGUUCAGCAGGAGUUGGGCCAUGCGCAGGAAGUGCAAGCGAAGACUGUAGAGAAGCUACAUAAAGCGGAGAAGAGACUGGAGAAGCCGCUGGAACAACUUGCAGAGGCUGAACAAAAGCUGCAGCGCAUAGAGUAUGUUAUCCAAGAGUACGACGCACUCCAACUGGAGAGGAAACAUUUGCAGGAGCAGCUAGGAGAGGAGCAGCAGAAAUAUUUAGCUCUGACAGAGGGCCAGACAAAGCUGGUGGAGGAGAAGCGUGCGGAAAUAGAACGAGAGAUUGUUAAGCUUCAAAAGAAACUAGAGCUGAAGGACUUCCAGCUUGAAGCGCAAAAGGCUCAGAUCAGCGCCUUCGAAAGAAGAGUCGAAAAGUCGCCGGAGCCGAUCAGCAGCACGCACGAUUUGGCGCAGGCCAGACGUUCGCUAGUCAAGCACAAGGAGCACCUGGCCGCACUGCGGCAAGAGAAGAACACUCUGCAGAAGGAUGUAAAAGCCUACAAGGAACAAGCUAGAUGUGCCGAGCAGGAGCUAACCGCAUUUCGGCAGCAGCACGCGCGCUCCAUGGAGGAAUAUACGGCAUCUAUAUGCGAUAUAAAGCGUCUAGAGAAAGCGCUCCACAUGGCCCAGUUUGAGCUGCACAGUCUGCAAGCGAAGCUGGCCCUCACCGAUAAUGAAAUAAUACGCCUAACAUUGCAAGUGGGUGACCUCAACGAGGCGAUUCAACUGCAGAAGUUGCACUCGGCUGAGUUGCUGCAACAACUCUGUGAAAAUGAAGAUUCGCUCGCCGAAUACAAAAAACAAAUGGCCACCGAAUGUGAAAUUCACAACUUGGCCCAGAAGAAUCUGGACAGGACGCUUCAGGAGCUAAACACCCUGCGAUUGCGCCAGAAUCUGGUGAUCAGCCACCUAGAUGUUCGCCUUGGCAAGCUGCAGUCGGAGGGCCGAGGGAUAGCGCAGCGUGAGUAUAAUAGUCGCCGCACCGUGAAGAGCCUGGAGGUAAAGUUGGCCAAAUUGAGGAAGGACCUGUCUGACAUGCGCUUCUCCAACGAGGGUCUGGUACUAGAGAGGGCAAACUAUUUGCAUCGCAUGAGUGCUAUGCACAGAAAGAUUGAACAAGAUCGCGACAGGAUGGAGCACCUACAGACCAAAUGUGAGCAGCUGCAGGAGCAAUGUGACCAUAUGAAGGCCAAACGGCAAUUGACCACCGGGAUGUCACAAACUGUACUAUCCAUCGAUCCUAAGAAAACGGGCCGCAAGGCCGAACAUUUUCGACGCAGCCUGGAUUAAACUGGAUACAGGAUUAGCUAGAGGAGCUAGCUGCGGUAUUUGUUAUCAAUUUUCAUAAACAUUUUUGACGCAGCCGGAUUUAAGCUGGAGGGCCGUGGUUUUCACACCUAUAGGAG